AUGUUCUCGCUUCUUUUGGCUUGCGCCGCCAUUCCCCUUGCUCUUGCAGCACCGGCUAAGACUCCCAACAUCACCUUGGCCAACGACUCAUUCGACUAUGUCAUUGUCGGAGGUGGCUUGACUGGCUUGACCGUCGCCAGUCGUCUGUCAGAGAACCCUUCAAUCAAGGUUCUUGUGAUCGAAGGUGGACAGGACAACCACAAUGAUCCUCGCGUGUACGAUGUCCGCACCUAUGGUCAAGCAUUCGAGUCUGAUCUCGACUAUAACAUGACAUCGACUCCCAUCUCGUGGAGAAACGGUACCAAGCUUCCUAUGGCUGCUGGCAAGACGCUUGGUGGCUCUGGAAGCAUCAAUGGUGCUAGUUGGACCAAAGGACCCAAGACUCAGUAUGACCUUCUUCCCGUCCUCAUCGGGGAUGAGUCAUGGGGCUGGGACGGCUUGAACCAGUACAUGCUCGGUGCCGAACACUUCUAUGCACCUUCCAAAGAGCUCAAGUCGAAGGGAGCCGAUUACGACGGACAUAAACAUGGCUUCAGUGGUCCCGUCCAGGUAUCUUUCGCCCAAGGCAUGUUCGGGAGUAUUCAGCAACCAGCUCUCAAUGCUUCUCAGCAGUUAUGGGGUCUCGAUAUUAUCGAUGAUGCGGCCUCUGGUAUUGUCAACGGAGCAACGACCAUUCCUAAUAUGGUGCAGCCUGAUGUUAGCCAGAACAGAUCUUCACCAUACACCGCGUACAUACUCGGCGAGCCGAAACAACGCGACAAUCUCGUCAUCUUGACUGGCCACCGCGUUGUCGAGAUCAGCUGGAGAAACACUUGUGCCGAAGAAGAUCCCGACUGUGUGCUCACCGCUGAUGGUGUAUACUACCAAACCUCGCGCAACAGCGAAAGACUCUUCGUCAAGGCGAUCCGCGAAGUCCUACUUGCGGCCGGUGCAAUGCAAAGCCCCCAACUUCUCGAACUAUCUGGUGUUGGCGAUCCCGCCAUCUUGAAGAAGGCCAGGGUACCAGUGAAGAAGACCCUCAUGGGCGUUGGCAAGAACCUACAAGAGCAGACCAAGAAUACAAUCACCUACACACCAAAGUCCGACGACCUCGAGGGUUCUGGCCCGUCCUCGGCGAUUGCCUUCCCGAACGUGCAUCAACUUGUGGGCAACUCUUCCUCCGAUGUCUACGCCGAAACAGUCGCAGGUCUCGCCUCGUACGCAGCUGAACUCGAAGCAAAAGGCCUUGUUGCCAAUGGCACUGCCACACACGAAAUCUUGAGAUACCAAGUCGCGAACUUGUUCAAUCAGAGCGAAGCAGCAGCUGAAAUCUUCUUCACUCUUGCCACAGCUACAGAUACUAGUGCUGCAACAGUAGGCGCCGAUCUCUGGAACCUGAUUGUGCUCGCAAGAGGUACUAUUCACAUUUCGAGCAACAACUCUUUCGAUUUACCUACAGUUGAACCAUCAUAUUUUGGUCAUCCUUUAGAUUUGCAGUUGCAGACUCUGGCGACUAAGCAAGCGCAUGAAGUUUACAGCACUGCUCCUUUGGUUGAUAUGGUUACGGAGUGUGUUCUUCCGGCUUCUAUUCCUGCCGACUAUGCAGGAUGGGAGACGUUCGUCAAGAAUACUUUUACUUCUGUUUGGCAUCCUAUUGCGACGUUGAGUAUGAUGAAAGAAGAGAUGGGCGGUGUGGUCGACAACAAGCUGAAGGUGUAUGGGAUUAGCAAUGUCAGGGUUGUGGAUGCGAGUGUUUUGCCUGUGCAGUUGUCUGCGCAUUUGAGUUCGAGUCUGUACGGGAUCGCGGAGAAGGCUGCUGUUAUGAUCAGAGAAGACCAGAAGUAG